AUGACCGCCGGAUCGGAAGAGCACGAGCCCCUGAUAUCAUCUUCGGUUGAUAAUCAACGUGUUACAUAUAAUAAUUCUCCACAGGAUACAUCGCCGAACGACAGUCCACGUGGCAGCGCUGGGGAAGUUACUUUAGCUAUACCACAACCAAGAAGCUAUGGGGCGAUCGGUGGCGCUGAGAAGGUCACUUAUACGUGGGCGGACAUCAACGCUUUCGCCACUGAAGAUAGGUCGAGGAACAGAAAGUUCUGGAACUUCUGGAGGGGAUCCAACAACAGAAUGUUCCAACAGAGAAAACAGCUGCUCAGAAAUGUUAACGGUGCCGCGUACCCUGGAGAGUUGUUAGCACUGAUGGGCUCGUCAGGAGCUGGGAAGACCACGUUAUUAAACACCCUCACGUUCCGUACUCCGAGUGGUGUGAUGUCGAGCGGUACCAGGGCUUUGAAUGGCCAACCAGCCACUCCUGAAGCCAUGGCUGCCCUAUCAGCAUAUGUCCAACAACAAGACCUCUUCAUAGGAACUCUUACAGUCAAGGAGCAUCUGAUAUUCCAGGCUCUGGUGAGAAUGGAUAGACACAUACCUUACGCUCAGCGCAUGCGAAGGGUCCAAGAAGUUAUAUCAGAGUUGGCAUUAACAAAAUGCCAGAAUACAGUGAUCGGUAUCCCUGGCAGACUGAAGGGUAUAUCUGGCGGAGAGAUGAAGAGGUUGUCGUUUGCUAGCGAGGUACUAACAGAUCCACCGCUCAUGUUUUGUGAUGAACCCACAUCGGGAUUGGAUUCAUUCAUGGCACAGAAUGUUAUACAGGUACUAAGUGGUUUAGCCAAGAAGGGCAAGACCAUUGUAUGUACGAUACAUCAGCCGUCUUCCGAGUUAUACGCUAUGUUUGAUAAGCUACUGAUAAUGGCGGAAGGCAGAGUCGCUUUCCUCGGUUCGCCUGAUCAAGCGACAGAAUUCUUUAGAGAUCUAGGAGCUGCUUGUCCCGCUAACUACAACCCAGCGGAUCACUACAUCCAGCUCUUAGCAGGAGUGCCAGGUCGAGAGGAGACCACACGUCACACUAUAGACACUGUAUGCACGGCCUUCGCACGAUCAGAAAUUGGAUGCAAACUGGCUGCUGAGGCGGAAAACGCCUUAUAUCAUGAGCGUAAGAUAGCGUCCGGCUGGGUUGAGUCUCCGUGGUCAUCAAGCCUCACGGGUCGCUCUCCUCGCUCCCCAUACAAGGCGUCGUGGUGUGCUCAGUUCCGGGCCGUGUUGUGGCGCUCCUGGCUCUCAGUCACCAAAGAGCCUAUGCUCAUCAAAGUGCGAUUCCUACAGACUAUUAUGGUGGCGCUGCUGAUCGGUGUGAUCUACUUCGGCCAGGAGCUGGACCAGGACGGUGUGAUGAACAUCAACGGAGCCAUCUUCAUGUUCCUCACCAACAUGACCUUCCAGAACAUCUUCGCUGUCAUCAAUGUAUUCUGUUCGGAGCUGCCAAUCUUCAUUCGCGAGCAUCACUCGGGCAUGUACCGAGCUGAUGUUUACUUCCUCAGUAAGACGCUGGCUGAAGCGCCAGUGUUCGCGACCAUCCCGCUGGUUUUCACAACCAUAGCUUACUACAUGAUCGGUCUGAACCCUUCGCCUGAAAGAUUCUUCAUAGCGUCUGGACUGGCUGCACUCAUUACGAACGUCGCUACUUCAUUCGGUUACCUCAUCUCGUGUGCUAGCAGCAGCGUGAGUAUGGCAGCGUCAGUCGGUCCGCCAAUCAUCAUACCAUUCAUGCUGUUCGGAGGAUUCUUCCUCAACUCAGGUUCCGUUCCUCCAUAUCUCGGCUGGAUUUCGUACUUGUCGUGGUUCCGUUAUGGUAACGAGGCAUUAUUAGUGAACCAGUGGUCAGGAGUUGAGAGCAUCGCAUGUACAAGAGAGAACUUCACGUGUCCAGCUAGUGGGGAUGUUGUGCUCACGACACUGAGCUUUUCGGAGAAAGACUUCACAAUGGAUGUAGUCAACAUGGUUUUACUGUUCAUUGGCUUUCGUCUGUUGGCGUACUUCGCGCUGCUAUGGAGGACGAGGCGCGGGAAAUAA